UAUUCAUGGGCUGAGGACACUGGGCCCUGGUGGAUUGGGGGCAGGAAGCCUUCUAGCUUCACCAGAUUGACAACUUAACAACUUCAGAAUCCUGUGGCUUUAAUACUUCCAGAGAGACCUGUUGACUCAAAAAGUGGCCCAGGUAAUCUUUCUUUAUUUUGGUGAAGUGAAGAAGAUCAGGUGCAGGCAUGUCUACUCCACAUGAACUGGAAAAUCCACCAGUGAUUUUUGACAAUGGUUCAGGACUAUGUAAAGUGGGACUGUCUGGUUAUAUUGGACCCACCCAUGUCAUCAAAUGUGUAGUAGAUCACUCAAAAUUCAGUAUACCUUCAGCAAGAGCCAAUCGGAAGAAAUGCUUUGUAGGAGAAGAGGCCCAAUACACAUAUGAUGCCUUGUAUUUGCACUACCCCGUCGCUCGUGGGAUGGUAACAAGAUGGGAUGACAUGGAAAAACUCUGGAAACAUCUUUCCAAGUGGGAGCUGGGAGUUAAACCCAGUGAACAGCCAGUUCUGAUCAUUGAACCCUCCUUGAACCCAAGAGAGACUCAAGAGAAGACUGCUGAAAUCAUGUUUGAGAAAUUCAAUGUGCCUGCCUUCUACCUGUGUAACCAUGCAGUAGCAACACUCUAUACCUGUGCCUCUGUCACUGGCCUGGUGGUGGAGAGUGGAGAUGGAGUCACUUGUACUGUACCCAUCUUUGAGGGCUACUCCCUGCCUCAUGCAGUCACCAAGCUCUAUGUGGUUGGAAAGGACAUCACGGAGCACCUCAUCAGGCUCCUCCUGGCCAGAGGAUGUACCUAUCCUUGCAUCCGCAACAAGGCUGUUGUGGAGGAAAUCAAAGAGAGGCUAUGCUACUUUUCCUUGGAGCCAGAGAAAGAGCCAUUAAAGAGGCAGCAGGAGGUACUGACAGAGUACGUACUGCCAGAUGGGAAUAUAAUCAAUAUCGGGGAUCAUCUGUGCCAGGUACCUGAGGUGCUUUUUUCUCCAGACCAGCUUGGCAUCCAGGAGCCGGGACUCUCAAAAAUGGUAUGCAGCAGCAUCAUGAAGUGUGACACGGACAUCCAGAAGAGCCUUUUUGCUGAUGCUGUGCUUUGCGGGGGCUCCACACUCUUUCCUGGGCUGGAGGAAAGGCUCACAGCUUCUCCUAAUAGAUGUUUCUCUGCAUGGAUUGGUGCAUCCAUCAUGGCCUCUAUGAGCAGUUUCAAGCAACUGUGGGUCACCUCUGUGGAUUUCAAAGAGUUUGGGAAAUUUGUGGUACAGGGAAAAUGCUUCUAGAUAACUCCAAACAUGGUGGUUGGAGGACAUCUCCAAAUGCCUAUUACAGGGAUUGCAGCAGGAGAUAACAUCGUCCCUUGUACUUCAGUCUUAUGGUCAAUAAAAGAGC